AAUGACGACAGAGAACUUCAAAACAUGGCCGCUGUGUUGUGGUUGUGUGUUCUAGCUGCCGCAGACGUUUCAAGUUAUCAACCUAACAUCACUGAUGGUGAUGUACUUCAAAAACUCAAGUAUCCAAUAGAAGAAAUGGUGAAAUGGAUAGAAACCAUGAGGUGGGAAUCUGUGGCUGUUAUAUUUGAUGGCAAAUCAGCUACAAUUGGGUCGCUGGCGAAAACAUUGACGUCUUCAUUACCAACAACGACAACGAUGAUCUACGACUUCAUCAGCGUUGGUGUACAAACUCUCUUGCAUGUUCUCUACCACAACCUGCAGCCCAACAUUAAUACCGUGCUUCUCUGUGAAGAGUCAAGGACAUGUUGGCGAUUCCUGGACGAGGCUGCACGCUAUGAUCUGAAGUCCAACAGAACAACAGACUUUCGACAUCAGUCCAAGUGGAUCGUUCUUGGUCACGAGGAUACUAGGAAUGGCACCUUUAACCACUCUGGUUAUCUGGAAAAUGUAGCAUUCUUUCAGUCAAAGGCAAGGCUGUAAAAGUUUUAUAAUGUUGACGCAUAAUGUGUUAUCAAGCAUCGAUAGGAGUAUUUC